AACAGACGGCGAGAAGGGAAGAUUAGCAUUGUCGAGACUCACCAACGCUUUCUUCUCACAAACUCGUAACAUAAUUGCUUGGAAAUGGAUACGUUUUAUCUGUCGUCGAAUUGAAAUGACCGGUUCUGCGAAUUUGGGAUAACCAUGAGUUCGCAUAUCGUCACCCCUGGGCCGUACCGAGCCACAAAGCUGUGGAAUGAGAUAACGCGGCUGUUCCGGGCUGGUAUGCCUCUGAAGAAGCACCGGCAGAACUUGAGAAAUUACAGUUCCUGCUUCACGGCGGUCGCUGCUGUGGACUGGCUGCACCAAAUGCUAUGUAGCAACAGCAACUUUGGCCCCGAUGUCACCAGGCAGCAGACCGUCCAGCUGCUCAAGAAGUUCCUGAAGAAGCAUGUGAUAGAAGACGUGAAGGGCCGCUGGGGCACAGAGGAACUGGAGGACAACAACACACUCUACAGGUUUCCAUCCACCUCUCCUCUGAAGCCCAUCCCAUGUCCAGCUGUGCCCUCAGCUUCCAAAGGCAUUAAGAAAAGGCCUUCACUUCGAGACAAAGAAGGUUUCUUCAGGUUUAAGAGCAUGAAGAAAAAUGAACAGGAGACAGAGGAAAAUCGCCAAGCAGAAGAAGAGAGAGAUCCAGGAGAGCCGCAAGUACAGAGACGAGAGCUGACUGGAGAUGAUGAACUGAAUAUCUGGAGGGACACCACCCUGACCCACCUGCAGAAGAUUCUAGGUGUUGCAUCGCUUGAUGAAGUGUUAGACCACCGUUCCAUAAACCCACACAACAUCAUCCAUAAUAUGAAUAAAGUCAACAAGCAUGGUGUGGUCACCCUGGAUGACAAGACCAAUGACCUUCCUCAUUGGGUUUUAUCAGCUAUGAAGAGCCUGGCCAAUUGGCCAAAGUAUGACAGUGCGCAGCCGUCCUAUCCAGGUUUUGAAAGGGACGUUUUCAAAACUGUGUCCGAUUACUUCUACAGCCUUCCACAGCCAUUACUCACCUAUGAGUUGUAUGAACUAUUUAUCAACGUACUUGUGUACUGUGGGUAUGUUCCAGCGCCCACUGCGUACCAAGGUGGCAAACGCAAGACGCCCGAUCUUCCCUCGGCGCCCCCCCCAACCAAGACGUCUUUUCGCUCUACAGAGUGUCUCCUCCUGUCACUGCUUAGACAGGGAACAUGCGAUGAGACGGAGUCUCCCAUGAGUGAAGUGCUUGGCGGAAAGGUUCAGUCUCAUCUGGCGGUGCUGAGAGGAGCCCCCGCCAGUACAGAUGAUGGCCAGUUAGGAGGCAGCUACAUGAGCCUCAGUACUGCUGGUUCCUUAAGGCGCCAAACUAGAAGCUGCUCAUUAGAGACAGUCCUACAUGACUCCACCCUUCUUCCCAGGCAACAGAUCUUUUUAUCCAAUGACAGCCUGGCAUCCUGCUUCCCGAGCAGCAGGAGCCAAGAUAGCAACUCUAGGACUGCGUCAACAAAAACAUCAGUUCAAUCUGUAAGUGCUCCACACAGUUUCGCCAGGCAUUCUGUAGAUUCAGUGGCAGCACGGUCAGCCCCACAGAGGGUGCACACAUUGCCACCGAGGAGUGUGGGCAGCUGUCUGGACAUAGUUGUAGAGACCAAGGAAGAGUCCUUUAAGGAGACCAAGUGGGAAGGCCGAGCUGCCAGCUGCCUGAAUCUAAACCCUUCAGAGGACCAGCAUCACUUGCAUGUUUCUACACCCCCUCUCUUGUCAUGCUCCCAGCCUCACGCCAGUUUCUCGUCACCUCCUGCAACCAAAGCACACUCACCUGACACUACCUCAGAACCGAGUGGGCCCCGACUGGCUUCUAGUACAUCUAAUCUUUGGACUCUGCCGGCGCCUGCUGUUGUCCGUCGCUGCCUCAGCUCUCUGGAUGUGUCUAAGUUGCCUCGACCCACUUCACUGUUUAAACCAUCUGUCUGUGUACCUACUGCCAGAACGCAGCACCCCGAACCGAAAUCUGAGCACAGGCUUCUGCAGCCUCAGAGUGAGCGUGUGGCCAUUGAUGCCCUGCAGUUGUGCACACUCCUCCUCCCACCUGCCUCACGAAGGAAGUUGCAGCUCCUAAUGAGGAUGAUGUCUCGCAUUAGCCAGAACGUGGAUAUGCCUCGCCUCCACCCUGCCAUUGGCACCCGAACAAUGAUGGUCCACACAUUUUCAGGCUGCGUUCUAGCCAGUGCUGAGGAGUGUGAGUUGGAUGAGCUCUUAGCUACCAGAUUGGUUUCCUUUUUAAUGGAUCAUCAGCAGCGCAUCCUGUCGGUCCCUGAGUAUCUGGUCGGUGCCAUUAAUGACCAUGUGCAGUACUUGCGCACAGCACAGGUACCAAUAGACGAUGUCGCUAACGUUGAGAGUGGCAACCCGGUAUACGCUCCCCUGCCAAUGUAUACCUUCUGCUGUCAGAUUAGUGGCGCUGAAUUUGAGCAGCAGAAGUUGUCAUGUUCCCAGAAGGCCAUGGAAGACUUACUGGAGAUGAUUUUGACGGACCAAAACAUGACGGAGAAGGACAGACGCAAAAAGUUAAAGCAGUUUCAGAAGCAGUAUCCUGACAUCUACAGUCGACGGUUCCCCUCCGCAGAGAAAGCCAACAAGCCAAAGAUUAAAGCUCCACUGCUCAUCAGGAAGACCAAAGCUUUCAGUAUCAGGAACUAAAAUGGUUGUAAUGUUGGCUGCACUAUAAAUGCACUCACACUGGUACCCACAGAACCAAACCGAUUUUGUUACAGUGGAAACUGUUAUUGCUGUUUUUUUGUUGUUGUUGUUUUUGUGUGCAUUUGUGGCACAACUGGGAGAGAUGAAGGCAGGUCGACAAUUGUAUUUAUUUUACUUUUUUUUUUUUUUUGCACAGAUUUACCAUUUAUGCUAACGUUCUACAUAGGUAUUGUGUGCAUGCACGUGUUCAUCAUUUGUACUUUUGGGAAAAAUAUUUGCGAUUUCUUAAUUUAAAGGAAUGAUGCUAGUGGGAGCAAUACGAAAAAGUUCUUGAAAAGUAACUGCUUGUCAGAACUGUUUUUGACUAAACAUUUUAUAAGGCUUACUAAUUUAAAAUGUUCAAUUCCUGUAUCACUUGUAUAAUUGUGUAUUCAGUUUUUGGUAUUUUAAAAAAAUUAUUAUUACAAAACUGGGCAAGGAUUUAAGCUUUAGAUUUUGGCAAUCUGCGUGUAUGUGUACUGCAUCUUUAGUUUUUUUGGGUAGUGAUUACUUGGGUUUAUAAUAAGCCAGACAACUUCAGUGAAAAGUUAAUAACAAUUUACAAAUUAGGCCUCUGCUUGCUUUUGACUCUAAGGUACCUUAAGCAUAAACUUAAAUUCAAACCUUCCCUUAAAUUCAAAACCUGAAAUUCAGAUUUUAUGAUACAUGGUAUUUAUUGCUCUGAGCCUACAUGAAGUAUUAUUUUACAGUAAUGGAUGUUUGUGUCUGACUCUUGUAUGCACUGUUUAUGAGGCUCUACACAGUUGUACAUGUUCCUCUACAACUAUGCAAAU